AUGGAGCCAAUCAAAGCAACAGUCAUCGACCUAUCAUCGCCUGAAUCCACUACUGAAACACCACAGAUGCCAGCGUUUCGCCUGGUCCCUACAAACAAAAAUAAACCUAAGCCUGGAGACGUUCUUUAUGCGUCACCGUUGGAUGGACCAGAACUCGUUCUGACAAAACAAGUAUUGAUUGGAGUCGAGGAUUAUGCACAGUGGGCUAGAGAUUUCAGAAGGGCGCUCAUUGCAAAGGACAAGAUCGGAUUCGUCGAUGGCACUGUUCCCAUGCUGUCGGAGCCCGAUCUUGCCCGUUUUUGGGUACGUUGCAAUACGCUUGUCCACGCCUGGAUUAGUAAUUGUUUGACUGAAGAGAUCGCGGCUGGUUUACCACCUACAGAAGAUGCAAGAGAGCUUUGGGGAUUCAUCAAAGACAUAAAUCCGACAAGAGAAUCAGACUGUGACGAACUACUUCAACAAGCUUUCUGCUGCCUGGAACGAGUUAGAUGCAGUCGAGGAAUUGAUCGCUGCGCCACCGGAGAUUCUCACGCAGAUUCAGGGCGCCAAGGAACGGGAGAGAUGACGCGUUUCCUGAUGGGGCUGAAUGAAGGAUUUGCUGCUUUCAGAACCCAAAUACUGACCUUUGCGGAGACACCUUCGUUACAGCGUACAUAUCAUCUUGCCGUCUAA